AUGAUCCCAAAAGUAUAACUUGCUCAAACACUCCCAAGAUUAUACAUGAAUGCUAAUGGCAAUUCAUAUUGAGUAAUAUGAUCCGCGAUAUGAAUGAAUGCUAAUGGCAUCAAAGCUAACCCCAACACUUAUUUCAUUUUUAAUCCUACCUUCUUGUCUUCUGAUUUUCCUUUAUUCUAUGCUCCUUACUCUCUAUACCGCCCCAAGAUCACAUUCUUCCAACUCCAAGAAUCAGAUUUUAGCCCCCACCAAAAUGCAAUCUCUUGAAAUGGCAUUGGGUUUUUGACCCCAAUCACAAAACCAUGUACAAUUCGACCUGCCCAUUUCAUAGAAACUCUUGGAAUUGCAUUAAGAACCAGAGAAAAAACAUGAGUCGGAUCAAUUCUUGGAAAUGGGUUCCAGAACAGUGUGAUUUGAACCGGGUCGACCCGGUUAGAUUCUUGGGUUUGAUGAGGAACGGGAAUAUUGGGUUUGUGGGGGACUCUUUGAAUGAGAAUUUUUUGGUGUCUUUUUUGUGUGUACUUAGAGUAGCUGAUGCUGGUGCCAAGAAGUGGAAGAGAAAGGGGGCCUGGAGCGGAGCUUAUUUUCCAAAAUUUAAUGUCACGGUAGCUUAUCACCGAGCAGUUUUGCUGGCAAAAUAUGAGGUUGGUGGGGAUUGAUGAGGAGAUGGUGUUGGUGCAAAAAUUCAGUGGCGACGGUGGCCGGAAGUUGGGUGGUGGUCGGUUUAUGAGGUUGAAGACGACAACUCAUGGUGGCUGG